UCACGAAAAUAGUAAAACGAGUGACUCGAUCGCUGCGUGAAAAAAUUACAGUAUUCUGUUUAAAUUCUAAAUUAAUAUUUAAGAACUUAACUUAUUAGGGUUGGUUCCUGGUUGAGAAUGAGCAAAGGUGUAUCGAACGGGGUGGGGAACCACGAGGGGGAAGAGGAGGCAGUGGGAGGAAUGUACGCCAUGCCUCGACCUUACGAACUCCCAGCAGAUGUUCAACUCCCAAAAAGCAUGUAUGCCGUCGCCCCCAUCAAUAAGACCCCCAGUUCCAGUGAGGCUGCCUCUGUGUCCAACUCCACCCAUGACGUCCUCGGGGGCAGAUGCAUCUCAAGAGGCACGUUAACCAAAAAUUCAAAAUCUUCCGGAGCACAGUCUGAUGACGCUAUGAACAGCCUGGAACGAAAACAGUUGAAGAUUAUCGAGCAACUUAAAUCACUACAAAAUGUUAUCACGAAUAUUCACCAGAAAUCAUUUAGCAAAAGUGAAACAAUUGUUGGAAGCAGUCACGAAGUUGCACCAGCCUGUUCGGAGGGCAAGCAAUUACUUACGAAGGAGAAUAUUGAUGUCGUUAUUCAUGCAAACCCAAACGAAGCUCCAUUUUCUUUGAUGUUCUUUGCAAACCUAUUUGAACAACAUUACGAAAAUGCCGUGGUCAGUAUAAAGUCGCAUAUUCACUCAUCUUACAAAGGUACCGUCAACAUGGAUGCGCUAUCUGUAUUCAACCAGGAAAAGGAUGGAGCAAACUUUCGGUUCACUGUGAUAUGGAAAAAUGUUGACACUUGCACCUUGAUAAUUACUCCGAUUGAGUCGACCUACAUCAUUGGAGAGGCUAACAUGGCACGGUUCCUCUCGCGAUUACUACCCACCACAAAUGCAUCUCUAAAUUAUGACUGUCUAAACUGGGAGCGAUUGGUGCGAGUAGAUUCGCUCUUGGAUGUCGCCCAUGAAGAAAAUGUAGUAUCCCUUGUGGAGAAGGAACUAAAAAAUACCAAUAAUAAUUUCCUGACUGGCCAACCUACUAUUGCUGAUCUCGUGAUCUACUCUUCCGUUGCCUCAAAGGUCGUCGCAUCAAAAGGGGAGAAAAAUGCACCUGCCAGUGUCAAGAAUUGGUUCAAGCAACUGGAAAUCGCGUUCGGGUUCUACAACUCUAUGAAUUAAUGAUCCACUUAAUAAAAAUGCCCACAACCGUUAAGCUUGUCUUUUACUACUGUUGAUGGAAUUCGUAUGUCACACGAUAAGCAAGAAAUCCGAUAUUUAUGAAGUUGUGAUGAGAUAUAUACUUAACUCCUCGACCGAAUUUGGAACGUGUGAGAGUCAUAAAUCAAAUAAAUUAAGCAUGGCUAAGCUGAAU